GCUGCUUUCCUGUUGCCAAUGCUACACUACAUACUUGACAAUAACUGCCCAAGCAAUGCAUUUGAGGAACCAGCCCAACCAACUGGACUGGUAAUCUGCCCAACCAGAGAGCUGGCUAUCCAGAUCAUGCGAGAGGCUCGAAAGUUUUCUCACAGCUCAGUUGCAAAGUGUUGUGUGGCUUACGGUGGAGCUGCAGGAUUCCACCAGUUGAAGACCAUUCAUAGUGGAUGCCAUAUUUUAGUAGCAACACCAGGAAGAUUACUGGACUUCCUUGAGAAGGGCAAAAUUGUCUUCAGCAGUCUGAAGUAUCUGGUUCUUGAUGAAGCAGAUAGAAUGCUGGACAUGGGCUUUUUGUCGAGCAUCAAAACAGUGAUAAAUCACAAGACAAUGACACCAACUGCAGAACGCAUAACAUUGAUGUUCAGUGCUACAUUCCCCCAUGAGAUUCAGGAACUAGCAUCUGCCUUUUUGAACAACUAUUUGUUUGUUGUUGUUGGAACUGUUGGAGCAGCAAACACUGAUGUCAAACAAGAGGUUUUGUGUGUGCCCAAGUUUGAGAAGAAGGCAAAGUUGGUAGAGAUGUGUGAAGAAAUUUUAAUCAGUGCUGAUGAUGAGAAGAUCUUGGUAUUUGUUGAACAAAAGCGAGUAGCUGAUUUUGUUGGUACUUACCUCUGUGAAAAGAAAUUCCGGGCCACCACUAUGCAUGGGGAUCGUUACCAAGCACAGCGUGAACAAGCAUUAUCAGAAUUCAGGACUGGUGUUCACAAUAUCCUGGUAGCUACAGCUGUUGCAGCUCGUGGUCUUGAUAUCAAGGGGAUUGGUGUGGUAGUCAAUUAUGAUUUACCAAAGGACAUUGAUGAAUAUGUACACCGCAUUGGCCGGACUGGACGUCUUGGGAAUCGAGGCUUGUCCAUCAGUUUCUAUGAUGAUGAAACUGAUGCUUGCUUAACAAAGGACUUGGUGAAGGUUCUGAGUGAGGCCAAUCAAACUAUCCCAGACUGGCUGACACAAAAGGCAAAUGCAAGUGGCCAUGCCCAAACUUACCAUGGCAGUGGUCUGUUUGCAUCCUCUGAUAUAAGGUCAAAG